AUGAGAAAUGAUUAUUUUUCCUUUUUCUACUUUCAGGUGCUAUUAGAUAAAUGUGAAAAUUUAAACAAGUGCCAUUUAGUAGCAGGAACAGAAACAUUUCAACAAGACCCCUGUCCUGAUACAUCUAAAUAUCUUGAGGUUCAUUAUCAAUGUAGACCAAAUGAGUUUACCAGUGAAUCAGUAUGUGAAGGAGAAGAGAUGAGAUUAUGGUGUAAAAGAUCAUCUAGAAUAGCUAUAUAUUCUGCUAUGUUUGGUCGUACACCAAAUGAUACAAGUAGAUGUCAAUCUAAUAAACAAGGGUUUAUAGAUUGUAAAGCUAAGAAUGUAGUAGAAGAAGUAACUAAGAGAUGUCAUGGUAAAAAACAGUGCUAUAUAGAAGCUGAAGAAUAUAUCUUUGGUAAUCCUUGUCCCUCAGGAAUCAAUAAAUAUCUUAAUAUUACCUAUAUCUGUGGUAAGUUACACUUCUUCAUCCAUCUUCAUUAG